AUGGGCGUCAACGGGCUAUGGGAUGUCCUGCGACCAGCAGCCCAGCCGCGCUCGCACUACCACCUCGCCGUCGUCGACGGAUUCGAAGCCAACACCUCCAACCUCCGCGGCUUCCGCAUUGGCAUCGACGCCUCCAUCUGGUUCUUCCACGCCGAAAAUGGCCGCGAGGGCGAGAAUCCCGAACUGCGCACUCUGUUCUUCCGCUGCACGCGGUUAUUGAACAAACCUUUCUUGCCGGUGUUCGUGUUUGAUGGACCGAAGAGGCCGAAUGUUAAGAGGGGCAAGAGGAUUGAUAAGGGGAGCCACUGGAUGGUCGACGGGAUGAAGAGGAUUAUUGCGGCUUUUGGCUUCGAGUGGAGGAUGGCGCCUGGAGAGGCAGAGGCCGAACUCGCAUACUUGAACAGCAUCGGCCAGAUUGACGCUGUCCUCUCUGACGAUGUCGACACCUUCCUGUUCGGCGCUACAAUGGUCGUCCGCAACACGAGCAACACACUCUCCGCCAACAUCGCCCAUCCAGUCCUCAACUCCGAUGGACGCGACGACAAAGAGCACUCGCACAUCUACAAGGCCUCCGACAUCUUGCACCACAGCCAGAUCCAGCUCACGCGCGGCGGUAUGAUCCUCAUUGGUCUCCUCAGUGGUGGCGACUACUCCGAAGGUGUCAAAGGCUGCGGCAUGAAGACCGCCCACGGACUCGCGCGAUGCGGUUUCGGCGACGAACUCUUCGACGCAGUGCAGACUCGUUCUCGCGACGAUCUCCCCGCCUUUCUGGUGGGAUGGAACGCGCGCCUCCGAGACGAGCUCAAGACAAACUCGAAAGGCAUGCUCGACAAACGCAUGCUCAAGCUCGCACGCGAAUGGCCAGAGAACUUCCCCGAUCUCGAAGUCUUAUACCUCUACACCGAUCCCGUCACGUCCAAAACAGACGCCUCGGCCCGACGCACGCAUAUCCCGCCCGAAUGGAAGAAGGAGCCGGAUUUCGGCAAGAUCGCGAACGUGUGUGAGAUGUACUUCGAGUGGGGGUUCGAGGAGGUCAUCAUCAAGCGGUUCAGGACCGUGCUGUGGAAUAGCGCUGUUCAGCGGGUAUUCCGUAGGGCAGCGUUGGAGGAUGAUGCGAGGAAACGCGGAGAGAAGACUGUUGCUCGAAAGCAGACAUCUUCUGCUGGAGUGGAGUACAUCGGCACGCCAUUCGCGCUCGUGAAGCAGUACUUCUCCGAGGAGGCUGUCGAGCAACCUGAGAGCGUUCUCAUCAAGCAGAUUCAUGGCGUACGCAACCACGCCAUGACCGAUCGCCUGCUCGAAUACCGCAUCUCUAUCAACCCCGAAACCCUAGUCAAGAUAUGUAAAGCGGGAUUGAAAGGUACUCGACCGCCCGUGGACACCACUUUCGAUGUGCUGCCGGAUGAUAUGGAGGAUGAUGGCGAUGAUGAUGGAACAGGGAAGAAGAAGCGGGCGCCCAAGGAGGCUGUGGACCCGCUUACGUCGUACAGGGUUUGGGUGCCCGCCUCAAUCGUGCAGCUUGUGCGUCCAGACUUGGUGGAGGAGUUCGAGGGAGGCGAGGCGAAGAAAGCUGCGACGAAGGCAGCCAAGGCCGCGCGGGCGGCGGAGAAGCUGGCGGGUGGUGGUGCAGCUACUACGGCAGGCGCGAAGGGGAGGAGGACAAAGAAGAAGGCACCGGCGGACUUCCCGCUGGGCGCAUUCGACGAUGAUCUGGAGAACUUCGACAUCGGGAAUGUGUCGGGGUCCGACGAUGGUGCACCGGUGAUCCCUGCUCGUCCGGGGCGUUCAAAGCCUACAACGAAGUCGAAGGCAGCGGGAAAGACUGGCGCGACAACGAGUCAUUCACGCAAGAAGGCUCCGGCUCCAUUCCCGUCACUCCGUAGCGACAGCGUCGACUACGAAGACAAACCGUCGCGUCCAACUGCAUCGAACCCACCUCAGCCCAAAGCAUCGACUUCAUAUCGCCCGCUUUACCUGGAAGACGAAGACUCACUGGACAUCCCUCCUCUACCGGUGUUCAACUCACGGUCAAGGCCUGCCUCGCAACCUCCCGUGUACAUGGAAGACGAAGAAUCGUUCGACGUAGAUCCGCUUCCUCGCUUUAGCUCGCAGCCUAAGCCGCCGCCAAAAGCUCCGAUAUACCUUGAGGACGAAGAUUCGGACGACGCCGCGCCAAGACCUAUAUUCAGCUCGCAGCCUGUCGCAGGCCCGUCAGAUACUGUGAAGAGCUUCUUCGGGGUCAGCAAGUCUAAGGCGGCAGCGAAAGGCAAAGGUCCAACAGUACCCGCUACCGUCCGGCGGACAGUGGAUCUGACUGCUCGUCGCUCGCCGGACCCCUUGAUCACCACGCCCUCAACCGUCGUAUCAAGUGCCGUUACGUCCGCAGCUUCGACACGUAUUGCGGCAAGUGGCGGUUCUUCAGCUGUGCUCGAACACCUCGAUCAAACCUUCGCCAAAUCGCGUAAACUCACCCGAACAACAUCGUCUACCUCUGCCAUCUCUACAACUUCCUCGGUGGCGCAACCGUUCCCACUCGCCUUCGAGCCCGAAGAACCUUUCUCAGACGAGGACGACCGCGACGCACUACCUCCUCCACCUCUCCCUCCUCAACACUCUCGUAUCGAACGCACCCCAUCCGGCCGCCGAGCUCGCACACCAUCACUUACACGCUACUCCGAUACCGAUACCCCGCGCAAGUCGCCCCGUCAUAAUACCCGACACUCAUCGCCCCGAAGAAAAGAUAUUAUCGAGCUGGGCUCAUCUCCAACAGCAUCCCCUCCUCGCCGACCACCCCGCUCGCCACCUCGUCGCAAAGGACCGCCUCCUACACAUCGACCGCGCAAGAUCGAUGAUUCUGUCAUCGAGAUCAACUCGAGCUCAAGCUCGGGCUCGGGCGACGAGGAUGUGACAGGACCUUCGGUUAGCGCUGUGGUUGCGUCGGCUAUGGGACGCGCGCCGCCGCUUUUGCCGAAGGGCGGCACCGCGAGCCGGGCACCGCUGGUCCCUACGCAGGCGAGACGUGCGCCGGUUGUUGUGGGCGAUACGUCGGUCAUUGAUUUAACAUGA